GAAAAGAAGAAAAACACAGACUUUUGUCGACAUGGAUGGCUUGAAUAUUAGCCGCCACGUCGGGGGAAUUUCACCCGAUGAAAACGCUCCUGGUGCCGGGAAAACCGCGUCCCAGGCCCCCGGGAAGAAGCAGGCGGUGAAGAGACAUCACCACAAACACAACCUCAAACACAGGUACGAGUUUCUGGAGACACUCGGAAAAGGCACCUACGGCAAAGUGAAGAAAGCCAAGGAGAGGUCCGGCAGACUGGUUGCCAUAAAGUCCAUCAGAAAGGAGAAGAUAAAGGAUGAGCAGGAUCUGAUUCACAUCCGCAGGGAAAUUGAGAUCAUGUCCUCACUCUGUCAUCCGCACAUCAUCACCAUUUAUGAAGUAUUUGAAAACAAGGACAAAAUUGUGAUCGUGAUGGAGUAUGCAAGCAGAGGAGACCUGUACGAUUACAUCUGUGACAAGCGGAACAUCUCUGAACGGGAGGCCAGACACUUCUUCAGACAGAUAGUGUCAGCUGUGCACUACUGCCAUCAGAAUGGAAUAGUGCACCGGGACCUGAAACUGGAAAAUAUUUUACUAGAUGGCAGUGGUAAUGUUAAGAUCGCAGACUUUGGCCUGUCAAACCUCUACCACGGUGAUGAGUAUCUUCAAACCUUCUGCGGCAGCCCACUGUACGCUUCCCCAGAGAUCGUGAAUGGGCGGCCGUACCGUGGACCAGAGGUGGACACCUGGUCUCUUGGUGUGCUCUUAUACACCAUGGUUCAUGGCACUAUGCCAUUUGAUGGCAACAACCAUAAAACACUGGUCCAGCAGAUUAGUACUGGAAACUAUCGAAAACCCACCAAUCCAUCUGAUGCAUGUGGGCUGAUUCGGUGGAUGUUAAUGGUAAAUCCAGAGCGCAGAGCUACAAUAGAGGAGAUUGCAGGACACUGGUGGCUCAACUGGGGCUACCAGCAGCCGUUACUGGCCGAGAUGAAGACCAGUCCAGUGGAGCAGACGCCUUCACCCGCCUCUCCAUCCACACCACACCCUGCAGGCCUGGCCAGUGUUGCUAGCUGGCUGCGUCGCACAUCGCGACCUUUACUGGAGAACGGCUCAAAGGUCCGCUGCCUGCUUCGCUCCCAGGGUGGUGGAGGAGAAGUAGUCCGGCAACGCUCUCUGAGAAGGUCACGAAAGGAAAACAAUGUCUCUCAGACCAUUCAUGAAGGAAGCACAGACAGUCGCCCCUUUAAGGGUAUCCUAAAGAGGCGAAACAGUGUCAAACAGAAGGCGAUAAGUGAAACUCCUGUUGUAGUUUCAGUAGAACCACAGAACAUUUUGGGUUUGUCUGCACCAGACAACGCCCCUUCAGCUGGAUCACUGCCUCGCAAAGGUAUCCUGAAGAAGAAGUCCACAGAGCAGGAGUCAGGCUACUACUCGUCAUCUCCGGAGAACAGUGAUUGUGGCUGGGUACCCCAAACUAAAGAGUGCCCUUCAGCCCCACCCUACAGGAAGGGCAUCUUGAAGCGCAAUGGGAAGUUCUCCUCUGGGGGACUGCAGGAGUUUGGCUCUCUAGACCAGCUGGCAGCUUCUUUACCUCAUGGAGGCACCAGGCUGAGACCAAGUGGGGCCAUCAGCGAGGACAGCAUUUUGUCUUCAGAGUCCUUUGAUCAGCUGGAUCUACCAGACCGUGUUGGACCACCAACACCGCUGGACAAACCAGCCAAGGCUACCAUGAGAGGAUGUGUCUCUGCUGACAAUCUGCUAGACAUCCAGGAAGACGGCAUACUCAGUGAUGGCCGUCUGAGGCCAUGGAACUGCUAUGAGUCUGGAGUGGCUGACAGUGCCUUUUCAAUCACGGACUGUGAUAAUGUAACAGAAGCUUACAAACAGGCCAUGGUUUUACGAAGCACUGUACCCAGCUAAAGAUCAGGAUUUAGUCAAGGACGCUGAAUUAAGACUUUUUAUUGUGACUGUAAACUACUGAGCUAAAGACAACAUAGCCAAAGCCAAGUUCUUUUUAUGUAAUUAGCAGCACACUGUUGUGGUAAAUAUUGUGCUUAAUUUAAGGAAUUGCACAGAACCAAAAAGUGGCACAACUUCUUGUGAAACAUCAGAUUGUACAUCAGAUGGUCAUUGACUAAUGACAAGUGUGGCACAGUGUUUUAUGAACCUGAUUAACAGCCAUCUAGAAGAGAUGAUGUCCAUUUGAAGGUGUCUCAAAAGAGACCUGUUGGUGAACAAAGAGCUCCAAUAUCAACUUGAGUGCUAAUUAUCAAACGUGUAAUUAGUGCAAAAUUUGACACUGGAACCCAAAACAAUGAUCAGAGUUUGCAGAACCAAGUACUUCAACAGCAGUCAAAUUUGCAGUCACGCUUGAGCUUUUACUAGAACUGCAACAUAUUUCUAUAAUCCAGUCAGUCAUAUAUAGUGUCAGGACAGUUGAAUAGGUGUUUUAUGACUUAAUAUCUCUAUUGGAUUCUAGCUUCUUUAUAGCUGAUCAUCUUUGACAAUAAAAUAAUAUAGAAUUAGACCGAAAAGAUACAAGUGAAAUUUGAGGCUUUUUUCAUAUUUUGCUUAUACUGUGGCUUUUACUGUUUUAGGAUGUAGGGAAUCGACAUUUCAUGCAAACCAAAGAGCAAAUUUGCUAAUGUUAUUGAACAUUUUAUCUUAAUUUAAAGGUGUUUUUUUUUUUUUUUUUUUGUAACAGGGACUUAAGCUCUCAGAGCACUUUUCAAUGUUGUUUACCCUGAAAUUACUUGUUUGAAGUUUGGAUAAUUACUUGAAUGAUAAUCAUGGCACAAUGACUUGACAAGAGCAACCUGCACAACAUGUACAACCUGCUUUAGCUCCCAAACCUGAUGCACAGGAGGCCACGGACUGUGUUUUUCACAGGGAGGUGGAGCUCAUUACGUCCAUUCGAAGGACACGUGUUAUGAGCUUCAUCAAGGUUUAAUGUGACACUCAACUUGUGUAACCUUUCAGUUAAAUAUUGAUGCUCGGGCGUAUUUCAUCUUGUAUUUAGUUUAAUAUAUUUAGAGGCCUGGGGUAUUGAGUACCAAGGACGGACUAGCAGAUUAGUCACAUAUGGGAAGAAAAAAAGCUCAGCUGGAUCUUUAACACUUAAAUGUUAGGUUUCCAAUAAAAGACUGAACUGCAUGUACACAUUUAAUAAAUUUCAUUAAGUCGUGCAUUUUUACACAAGUAUGAGAUAUUUUAUUAUAUUUUCCAUAUCUGGCUGAUAUGUUAAUCCUGCCUCAUGAAAUACCAUCUGGUGAUCAGACACCUCUAUGUUUUUUUUUUUUAAGUGUGAACUUUUAUGUUGCACACUGGAGUUACUUAAUUGGAUUGACAUUAUAACGUGCAAGUGCCUGAAAUACCAUUUUAUUAGAUAAUCGAAACCUGAUAACCAAACCAUUUGUUCCUGUUUGAGUAUUGGGUUCUUGUAACAGACAUUGCAUAAUGCUUUCACACUGCCAAACAAUGUUGCUCAGAAACUGGAAUAUAAAGAAUAUAAACUAGGGUUACUUUUGGCAUAUAAAUCAGGAAUCGGUGUUUAACUGGAUAUGGUUAAUGGUAAGGACUGAGCUAUUCACAUCAUGUCUUAUCAUUUAUUAAGUGUGACACUGGAAAAAGUUGUCUGCUUUGGGAAAAUAGGUCUAAACUGGAUGCAUUUCAUGUCAUUGUGUUUGUUUUUGCUAGUCCCAGAUGUAGCAGGCUUGUGGGCAUUUUUUCCCCUUUGUUGGCAUCAAAAAAAUCCUGUUUGCCAAAGUUACUGGCUUUUUAUGACUGUAUUAUCUGCCAUGCUGUUGUGAUGGAAUGAGUAAAUCAUUAAAAAAAAUAAAAAU